AUGUCAAAUCAAAUAUGUCUAAAAUGGAACAGUUUUUUAAACAACAUCGCAACUAGUUUCGAAAGUCUUUGGGAGGAAGAAGGUUUAGUAGACGUGACAUUGGCAAGUGAUGGCCAGUGUCUCACAGCUCACAAAGUGAUCCUCUCAGCUAGUAGUCCUUUCUUCAAGAAGGUUUUCCAGACAAAUCCUUGUCAACAUCCAGUUAUAAUACUGCAAGACGUACACUUUAGCGAAUUAGAAGCUUUACUUAUAUUUAUAUAUAAAGGAGAAGUAAAUAUAGAGCAAAAAAAUUUGCCAGCCUUGUUGAAAGCUGCAGAGACUUUGCAAAUUCGUGGACUUUCCGGGGGAGAUAUAUUUGCUAAGGAAUCUUACAAAAGAUUAGCAGAGUUAGAACAAGCGGUAGAGGAAGGAACGACUACUGCAAAAGAAGAAACACCAAGAAAGAAACAAAAGUUGAACAAGCAUCAAAAUUCUAUAUUAGAAAGAGCAUUGACACCUAAACUGUCACAGUUGGAAAGCAACGAUGAAUCUACAACCAGUGAACAAGGAGGUAAAGAAGAUUAUCUGUUGCAGUCAAGUAUACCCAAUCCGGUCUAUCAUCGUUUAGAAAUGAAGAUAGAACCAUUAGAGGCAGCUCUAGAAGAGUCUCAGAAACAAUCUACAACAGACAAAGAUCCUGUAGAAAGGUUGGACACAGGGCAGGUCGACGGAAAUCAAGGGUCUGGGAACAGCCCUGCUGAAGACAUUUCCGGUUUAUCUGGGUUAUCCGGCCUAACUGGAUUCUCGGACGUGAAGCCACUGCUAUACGCGUAUCAGCAACUACCUUACGCCGAUCUUCUGCCGAGUCCGGAGAUAAUCUCAACGUGGGCAUCCUCUCGACCGAUGGAUCAUUUGGCCUGUGACCUUAUGAAGAUCCUCUUCACCCCGGAGGAGAGGAUUCUCUGUAACGUAAACGGCAAGAUGGGAAAACAGCAAUUCGAUAGUAACAAAAUACAUUUGAUAAGAGAAGUUCUGUUGCACUUUAGUGGUAUUGCACCUAAUAGCGUGGAAUGGGAGGAAACGUGGAAAAAUUGCGUAACCAAAAUCGAUACUAGCAAUAGGGGCUUGAAGAGGUAUCUGUUCCAGAGACGGUCGAGUAGAUCAUCGAAGCCGCACGUAACCGUAAUCGCCGACGCACGAGACACGUCUACACCGACGCUAGAGCGAGAAAACCGCGCGAGAUUUCCAAUCGGACUGGAACAAACUCCAGCUUGGAACAUCACCACACGAUCCAGCAACGAACUUCACUCGCCAAAUCACCCGUAUUUGGAAUCGAUGCCCGAACAACAGGGAGCCACGAAUAUUUUCUCUAUGGAACGGGACGCAAGAGUAUUGCGUUCCAAUUUUCCUAUUUGCCCAGGAACAGCUGCCAACUCGGAGUUUCCGGAAGAGACUGCGAGAACUUGCACGGGUUAUCCACCGUUCCCGUGUCCGUUCUGCGACAGAGCGUACACCAGCUGGGGCUUUCGACGAAGGCACAUCAAAGCGGUUCACACGAUCUCACCGUCUCUCAAUUGCAAAUGGUGUUUGCAGGUUCUUCCUACGCAUGCGGCAUGGAGAAGUCAUGUGAUAUUGGCGCACAAUCUCUCGGCGAACGACGCGCAUAACGGUCUCUUAAUUUUGGAGGAGGCGCAUAUGGUUUUACAAAUUGCGCAUCCAACUAGGUUGGACACUUUAGUUAAUAUAAUUAAACAGAAUUCUCAGCAGAAUAGCAAUCAGGAGAAUCCUCAGACUGAGAAAGAUUGAUGCGUACGUUGUACGAGAAAGUGUACGGAUCGCGUACGCAAGGAAUAAGCAUGUAUCUUUGGAGCAAACGGUUCUCCGAGAGCAGAGGGAACGAAUGAAAUAUCGAUAUUUUUGUACAAG